AUGUCCCAAUCGCGCGAGUUACUGCGCACAUUUGCGCGCCCUGCUGGGUCGCGACAGUUCCGCGGAGCUGCCAGCAGGGUAACGACAACCCAGCAGCGCGCUUUUACCCGAAGAGCUUCACCCCUAGUGAUCUCCAACAACCUUUCCCGCCGAUCGAAUACCGAGUAUGCGGCCGCACAGUCCCAACCUCAGCGGAGGUUUGUGUCCGCCCCUGCGGCGUCGGACUUGCCUCCAUCCGGCGGAACGGAGCAACAGAACGCCGUGGACGAUAUCAAUGCUUUGAUUGAGAAGAUUGGUGAAAAUGAGGCUCAGAUGGUUGAGAUACUGGAGGAGUUGGAUCAAUUUGGGGUGGAAGAUGAGGUGGAUGAGUUCGUUGAGUUGAUCAUGCAGCGGGACGAGCUUACUCCAGAGGCCUGGGUGCAUCUUGUCAAGCAGCGGUUUGGAGAGGAACUGCCUCAGGGGUUGUUGAAUGAUGCCGAGCUUCAGAUCUACGCCCGACUCUAUGGAGAACCUAUCUUCCGUCAGGAAGAGCCCAUGCUUGAGGAAGCCGAGGAGGAGUUUGACGAGGAUCCCAGGUUGCUGCGUGAAACUGGUGAAGGUGACUGGGAGGAGGUUGAAUACAAGGAAGAUGCUACUGCGGAGGAUGAUGCUCCCGUUGUCUAUGACAUGGAAGUUCCCCCAGAGGAGGAAGAAACCAUUGCCAUGAGGCGGACGAGAGAGGUUGCGGAGCAACUAGGCGGCGAGAUCAUGCUCGAGCAGUUUGAGAAUGAGGCAGUCCCAGAUAGUGCCCCUCGAAUGCACCCGAACACUCUUGCGGGUAAAUCUGGGACGGACCCCAGCACUAUCCAUCUGCCCAAGAAGACUCUGACCGGCCCUAUUUCGAUCAUUCUGUCGGAGUUCUCCAACAAGCAUAUUGCUGAAACUGCACGCAACCUAUUUGGAGGACCGGGAUUACCACAUUCGACUACGACAGCACCUCCCCGUGCCCAUCUACCACAGCUCCCCAUCCCUCUCCAUGCUUCGCAAAGGCAGAUGGGUGAAAUGGAGGCCAAUGCCUACCUGGCAGCUUUGUACCCCGGGAUCUAUGCAUCAUCCCUCAGUGUCCUGGUUGAGAUUCGCAAGCGCAUGGGAUCUGAUUGGAUCCGUAAUCUCAUCUUAAAAGAGGACGGACCAAAUGUUCUCGAUGCCAGUGGUGGUGGUGCUGGUAUCCUCGCCUGGAGAGAUAUCGUCCGUGCAGAAUACGAGCUCAUGGUGCCCAAUCACCCCGAGGAGUUGCCCGUUCCAUACGGGCGAUCAACCGUGUUAACGGGCUCCGUAGCUCUACAGAUGCGUGCAUCCGCCAUGCUCGACAACACCACCUUCCUCCCCCGUCUGCCGGACUACGUCCAUGUACGCGAGAAGCCAACAUUUGACGACUCGCGCAAAGCCCCCAAGCGCAAGCAAUACGACAUUAUCAUUGCACCUCAUUCUCUCCUCGGCCUGGAAGAAGAAUACGAGCGCAAGCAACAUGUCGAAAACCUCUGGGCUCUCCUAAACCCCAACGGCGGAAUCCUCAUCCUCCUCGAAAAAGGCCGUCAAAAGGGCUUCGAGGCUAUCGCUGGAGCAAGAGAAUUGCUCCUGAAGCGCCAUAUCGCCAGCCCAGGCUCAACAGAAUACGAAAACUUCCUGGAAGACUCGGACCCAAGCUCAGUAAUCCAAAAAGAACCCGGCAUGAUCAUCGCCCCCUGCACCAACCACUCAAGCUGCCCAAUGCACAAUUCCGCAGGCGCAACCAAGGGCCGUCGAGACUACUGCCACUUCGAGCAACGGUACAUCCGCCCCCCAUUCCUGCAACGCAUCAUGGGCGCCAAAGACCGCAACCACGAAGACCUGAAAUUCAGCUACAUCGCCGCCCAGCGCGGUGUCGACCUCCGCCAUAAACAAGACAUCAAACAAGAUGCUGCAGCCACAGAUGCUGCUUUCGAGGGUUUCGAAGACGAACAUACCGAUUUCACUGAUAGACCAUCCUUCCAUCCCCUCGCCCUUCCCCGCGCCGUCUACCCACCCAUGAAACGUCGUGGCCAUGUCAUCUUCGACCUGUGCACUCCAGCCGGUAAUAUCGAGCGCUGGACCGUCCCCCGCUCUUAUAGUCGGCAGGCAUACCGCGACGCCCGCAAGUCGAAGUGGGGUGAUCUGUGGGCUCUCGGCGCGAAGACUCGUAUCCCGCGGAACCUGAAGUUAGGCGAGAAGCAUGGCGAAGGAAAGAAAGAGCGCUUGGCUCGUCGGGCGGCGAGUAAGAUGCGUGAUGAUGAGGACGGGGAGUUUGAGAAUGAGUAUGAUGAAGAGGAGGAUGAGUAUGAUUAUGAAGAGGAAAUCCCUGAUACUCCGGCCAGGAAGAGGGGACAGCGCAUUCCUCCUUGGAAAAAGCAUAACGAUAAGAAGAAGUUGAGGCAGGCUGAGAGUAAGAUGUCUGCUGAAUAG